CUUGAUUUCGAGAUUCAUCAGCAAAUACAGCUACAGCAUUGCACAGCCAUGGAUCCUCACGACGAAGACGAUUACGAUGCUACGCUGGAGGAAAGAAUCAGCGCGUAUUUGUUCAGUCUAGUGUCAGCCAUUGGUGGAAGCAGUGCGGAAGACGAUGGACGAUAUCGAGCCGGCGAAGAGGCACUGUACUGCCUACGAGAUAUACGAAAAUUAAUCACUGCUUUCGACAUCAAGAAGAACCGUUUCGACGUAGCAAGAGCAGCAGCAGAGGCCAAUCUUGUUCAAGGAGAUUUGCUUGAACUUCUGGCGCAAUGGAACGGCGAAGAGCACGACUCGAUUGGGGCUCACAGGACUGUUGUUGCGGCUCUUGAGAUUCUCGUUCAUCUGACCUGGCCAAUUGAGAUCGAGCCCGAAGACAUGACCGUGAAUCACCACAGACACCUACCAUACCUACGUUUAUCGCAGGCGGAAUAUAAGCGUGCAAUACUACACCACCCGAGUUCGCGAAUCUUGAACUCGGCGGUACGAGCUUCCCUACCGGCUAUGGCCGAGUCUCGCAAAGAGCGUUCACUACGAGACGAAAGCAUCAUUAGAAUUCUUAUAUGUCUAAUGAGGAAUGUUGCCGCUCUCUCGCACCCCAUGAAUGUCGAUACAGAUUUCGAUGACGCUGAGGUGUCUAGAUCAGCAGUUAUAGACGCGUUUCAACAACAGGAUGUAUUCCAGGUUCUCUUAACCAUGUCUUCGAGUACGGGCGAGGAUUUCGUGGACCAGGACGUGAUUUUACUGGAAACACUUUUUCACUUGAUCAAGGGUGUAAAUGUGGAGAAGUUAUUCCUGGAUGAGCAAAAGCUGAGCAGCGCAAACACAAAAGACUUCAAGAACCUCCUGAACAAGGAGAAGGCAAUGCUUGCAGGGUAUACCAAAACUGCCCCUACACGACACAACCGGUUUGGAACUAUGAUAUGGAUUAAGAGAGAAGACUACAAGGUCCACACAAUUUCUGGACAAGACGUCCUGGGAAACGCUCAACGCAGUCUCCAAAAAAUGGAUAAAACGAAGAAGUGGAACAAGCCAAAAUACAAGGGACGAAAGACGGAAGGGGUUGAUAAGGAGAGCACAGAGUUUGAUCGCAUCACACAUCUCGACAGCACGGCGCGCAAGAACCUACGUACCUUUGUAGAAGACUUCCUCGAUUCGUCAUUUAACCCGCUUUUCUCCCAUCUCCGUCGCGCUAUCGAACGCGAGGAGAAGCGCGUCGAAAGGCGCCACUCCGCUCAAUUCUUCUAUGUCGUGUCUUGGUUUCUCCAAGCUGAAUGUAUACGUCGGCGGAAGAUUCGUCAAGCACGUGAGCAGUCGAAAGGUGCAGGCAGUACUGCACAACAAGAAGAUGAGGGUUUUGGUCUUAUCGCUAGCGUUAUGACCCAAGAAACUUUCGUGCUCCUUAACCGCUUCAUGCAACGUAGCCAUGAUGAUAAGCUCUGGACAGACCUAAAGGCCAGUAUGAGAGCGUUUACACAAAUUCUGCUUACCGUGCAAGAAAUGUCGGAAUCGCCCUCGGAGGACGAUCAGGACAUUGCUGAGAAUAUCUUGAAUCGUAUCUUCUACGAAGAGUCAACGCAUGAUCGCAUUGUCACUUUGCUGCGUAGCUACACUACACAGGGCUUCAGCUAUCUCGAUGCCGUUACUGAGCUCUCACAUGUGUUCUUACGAAUGCUAGAACGUUACUCGAAGCAGAACGUUGACUUACAAGUACGAUCAAAGCGGAGAGCGCGAAAGAAGAAGAAGCAAGUUGAGGUCGAGACGGACGGAGUCGACAAUUCUACUGUCGACCGAGCUGAAGAAGCAGAGGACAUGGCCGAAGCCCAAAGAACAGUGUCUGAACGGAAGUUCGAUUUCACUCGUUUCGCUGCUCGUUUCAUGCAACAGGGCAGCGUCGAUACCUUUAUCGCCUUUCUCAAAUUCUACAACGACCUAAACGAGGAACAGCUCAAGCGUGCCCAUCGCUUCCUAUACCGUCUGGCAUUCAAGAUGGAAAUGGCCAUUAUCCUCUACCGAGUGGAUAUCUUGUACUUGUUUAACAAGAUGAUCAAAGGACCGGAAGGUCUUGAUUCUGAGCAGGCUUCUUUCAAGGAGUGGGAGGAAUUAAUCAAGCAGGUCUUCCGACGUGCCGUGAAGAAGAUACAGGAGCGGCCUGAGCUGGUUGUUGAGAUGCUGUUUAGCAAGAUCAACCCUACACUAUACUACCUCGAGCACGGCCACGAGAAGGAGACCAUAACCCGUGCCCCCCGUGCACCUGCGGAACUUGAAGUCAGGCCAGGCAUGGAACGCGACGAGCAGGUCGGUGUAGCAGUAUCCAUCCUCAUCAAUCAGAGCAAAUCCGAUGCCCUGCAAUGGAUCAAAGACUCGCUGUCCUCGGCCGCGGACGAACGUAAGAGUUGGGAGUCCGCGGAGGCCGCUCGAAAAGCCCUUGCUCGCUCUGCUUUACCUCCAGCCGACGAUCUUGACGAGCUCCUUAUCGAUGCGACAGGAAAGCCGUCUGCCGAAUCCACCCCUGAACCCCCUCAAAUCACCCUGGAACCUGACUCCGAAGACCGCCGCCUCGCCCUGUUCAAAGACAACAAACUCCGCCUUCUCCUCUCUCUCCUUUCCUUCACACUCACAUCCACCCCUUCAGACCCACAAGCCACAUGGGCAAUCCCAUCGUCUCUCUCCGCCGAGGCCCUCACCGCAUCCCUCGACCUAAUCCGUAAACUCGAGCGCGACCCUCCUGUAUUCGAGGAAGGAAAACCACCCGAGUCCUUUCUGCGCAGCAAGGCAGCAGCUGCCCGUCGCCGUGCCGAAUUCGAUGAUGAUUCGUCAGCAGAUGAUGAUCAAGAGCUCUCCCUUUUCGAACCUGGAGGACCAAGCAAAAGCACACCAUCCGCCGAAGCGCAACUUGCAAAGCUAAAACGUAAACGAGCACGUAAGCAACGGCGUACCGACCCUACUGAGCUUGAUGAGGAAACACUUAGAGCACGAGCAAAAGCGCGAAGAGAACAGGAGCGGUUGAAGCGGAGCAAGAUCAAGAGUCAGCUGACUAUUGAAGACAGCGACGAGGAUAACGAAGACGACGAAGAAUUUUUCCGCCGUGAAGCUGAACUCCGCGAGCGCACAAAAGCAAACUUCAGACGCGCAAUGGCGGGCUUCAAAGACUCACCAAAAGGUUCUUCCAUACCAUCCACCCCCCUCGAAUCCCAUAAGAGGGCGCACUCCGACCUCCCCAACGAUAAAUCCCGCAAGAAACGCCGCGGCACACCCGUCUCGGAAGAUCUGAGGUCCGACUCGGAGAACGCUUCGGACGGCAUCGAAGACAACGACGGAGGACCGCACCGCAGUGACUUUAGCGACGACUCUCACCCCAGCACUCCUCCGACACCAAGUCACAUGUCCACACCACCGAGUCCCGGAAGCCCAGCUAAUGACAAACCACGAAAGCGAAAGUUUAUUAAAAAGGCUCGAGUAGUGCCGGAUGACCCUGAGGAGGAAACCACGGCGCUGGAAACAGACACUGCGCCGAGGGUGCCGCCGCGGCUUGGGGAUUCGGAUAAGGAGAAUCGGUAUGGGAGCGCUUAUGAGAACAAGGAGAGUCGCAAUGAGAUUCGAGAGGUGCGAAUGGCGGAUGCGGCCAUGAGUAACGAUGACGAUUAUGACGACGAUGUGGUUAUCACACGUGCACCUCCCGUUGCGAGGACAAGGGGUGGGUUUGUGAUUGACAGCGAUUCAGAAUAGGGGGGAUAUGAAUAGUCACAGGACGGGGUAGCGCGGCGUUCGGCAGGUCCCGAGUUCGAGCCAUUUAUGUGUAAAAGGAGUUCAUGUAUGAUCCAGGCAUAUUUUUAGGGUGUUAGAGUACUCGUCCGGCACGGCGCGUGUAGCGUGACUUUAUCUGGGUAUUCUGCUCAUAAUGCCAAUUUUGGAUAUUGCUCGAGAUGACCUAGUACCGCUAUGCGUGAAUGUGUGUCGUGUUUCGGAGAGACACUACCAGAUGAGACGAGCUGUUAUGGCUUGGCUGAGCGGAGUAUAGAUGUAUGUGCCGGUAUGACAUAGUGGAGCUUUCGGCGGAGUGGAAUGGAGCGGAGUGCGCGUAUAGGUGUCAAACGUUGAUAUCGAUACAUGCCUCCCUCUUAUCCAGGACAUUAUUUUUGAC